CUGACUGCCCCAAAACUUUUAACAGGAGGAGGGGCCAAUAACAGAGGCAAUCCAUAUUCGUGUGUGUGUCUCCAUGGUGACCGCAAGCGUAAUGAACGCAAAGCGAAUCUCCAAAAAUUUAAGGAUGGUGGAGUGAAGUUCCUUAUAUGCACUGAUGUAGCUGCUCGAGGAAUUGAUGUUGGAGGCCUGCCAUUUAUAGUCAAUGUGACACUGCCAGAUGAGAAGAGCAACUAUGUUCAUUGUAUUGGGCGUGUGGGUAGAGCAGAGAGAAUGGGUCUAGCUAUCUCCCUUGUUGCUGCUGUGCUAGAGAAGGUGUGGUACCAUGGAGAGUGGUGUUCAACUCGUGGGCGUAACUGUUUUAACACGCGGUUGACAACGGAAGGUGGUUGUUGCGUUUGGUACAACGAACCACAGUACCUAGCUGAUAUUGAAGAGCACUUGGGAGUGACCAUCCAGCAGGUCGAUCAAGAAAUGAAAGUUCCAGUUGAUGAAUUUGAUGGCAAAGUGAUUUAUGGUGAAAAGAGAGCCAAUGUUGAUUCAAAGGUGGUCUGGACACCCAAUUUGGUCAGACAGGUGAAGAGAGCAUUUAUGUGGGAGCAGGUAACAAAACAUUUUGGUAAUGGGGAUGCUGCUGCACUGCUGGGAUUAAUGAGCCUUAACAAACAAUAUGAUGCAGACAAUGAGUCACAAUAA